UUUAAUUUGUCCCAUCUUCCAAUGGAAUAUAUGCUAUAUGUACCACAUCUAUAAUAGAGGUUAAUCAGACCUCAUAUAUAGUUGAAUUAAUAGAAAGAAAUGGUGAGAGCUCCCUACUUUGAUAAAGAUGGCGUCAAGAAAGGUGCGUGGAGUGCUGAAGAAGACGAUAAGUUAAGAUCUUACAUUCAGAAAUAUGGCCUCUGGAAUUGGCGCGAGUUACCCAAACUUGCCGGUUUGCAAAGAUGUGGAAAGAGUUGCAGGCUAAGAUGGAUGAACUACCUCAAGCCGGAUGUUAAGCUCGGGAGAUACACGAAAGAAGAGGAUGAUUUAAUCAUCAAAUUGCAUGAAAAAUAUGGAAGAAAAUGGUCUAAGAUCGCUGCUGAGUUACCGGGGAGGACGGACAACGAAAUAAAGAACCACUGGCACACCCAUCUGAAGAAGCACUCAAGGUCUCAGGAGACUGAAUCGCACGGUGAUUUAAUAACCCAAAACAGCAGCAGCAGCAGCAGCGAGUCUGAGGCUAAAACUAGUAGUAUUUGUGAUGUUCCGUUUCACAUGAUAUUAGAGAGCUCUCCUUUGUCCCCCGAAGAGGCAUCGCCCUGUGAUUUUUCUCCCACUAACAUCUCUUCUUCUGAUUCUUUAAUUGGCACAAACUACAGUGCUGAAGGAGGAGGAGAUCAUAGUCUGGGAUCAAUACUGGAAAUGUGUCAAGAACUUACGAGUACUGGGGAUUUCUGGACCGAACCAUUUGUAGCUGAUAAUAUGUACGAUGAAUCCCAUCAAUUGUCCGUUGAAGGUGGAUUUUUGUUGUCUCCGUACUAUGAUGAUGAUCUGGAUCUGUUCCACCAAGUGAUGAAUGAACUACCCAAUCUUCACUGAUGUGGGUAUUUUAUGUACUAUUUUGUGCUGGUGACCAAAAUUAAGCCACUUAAUCGUUGUACUAUUCAAACUGUUAAAUAAAAUAUCAAUGGAUUCACUACUUGCUUAAA